UUGUUUGUUUACUGUUUAGAGGUUUAAUUGUAUUUAAAAAAUGGGAAGAUAGUAGAAGAAAUCGCUGUAAAACAAGUAAUAAAAUAGUAAAAUGGGAUGAGGUUGAAAAUUCGGUAGCUCCAGCAUGAAUUUGGACGUACUCUUUGGCUAAAUUCCUAAAAUAACCUUUAUCAAUAAUGAGUAGUGUUACUGAAUAUAAUAGCGCGUUUAAAAGUUUAGCUUUAGUUUUGCUAAUUAUACCAAUUUGUGUCUUUACAAGUGAAUUAAAUGAUGUGUGGAUGCGAAAUGUUUCGAAAGAAUUGAGUGAAGAUUUAGCUAUAAUAAAAAACGAGGAAUUGGGGAUUAGUUACAUCAAGAAAUUGUACAAAACAUUUAACUAUGCAUCAGCUAUUAUCAACGCUAACAAGACGAUAAAUGAAAUUGUUUAUAAACUAGAGAAGAAAAUAGACGACGUGUUUUCUGCUUUACUAACCACCAAAGCGGCCAUUCAGAACAUGCAAAUGCUGAAUUACACACUCAAAAUUCGCUCUACUCUUCUCCCAUGCAUCAAAAAUCAAACCUCAGACCACAGUGAUGAUGCAUCAAUAAUAUCAGUGUUGGACAAGAUUAAAACACACGUGAUUUCAAGAAAUGACACCAAGCAGCAGUAUUUUAUAUCCACGUCUGAUCUCCAGUACCUUUAUUCGCCUUUUAUUAAUUGCAAUAAAAUUGAUCACAUGUUGUUGUGGAAAAAUUUUAUGUUUAGAAACAAUUUUGCUUCUAAAAAUAUUGUGCUUUUGUUGGACCAUGGAGGAUCGCUCAGUAAGCGCCAUUUUGCCAUAGUUUUAUCAAUUGCCAAACAAAUUGUUGAAAACUUGAAUGAACACGACAAAAUCGCCGUUCUUGCCAUAUCAAAUGACUGGUCAUCUCCGGAAUUAGACGAGGAAUGUCCAGUAACAAACCAAGUUCAUUCAGUUGUUGACGAUGUUCCUAAAUUAACUCCCGUUACGCCCAGUAGGAAGAAAUUGUUAUAUAAUUUUAUUGACGGCAUGUACAAAGGAAGCGGUGCUACAAAUCACUCGUUAGGUCUUCAGAAAGCUUUAAAAGUGAUCGAAAACAGUCAGAUACAAAAUGAAACUCUGAUGAUAUUAUACAUAAGUCGGGGGUUAUUGUCUUCAUUGACUGAAGCCAAAACCGUGCUUGAGACAAUACUAGAGGCGUCAGAAAAUAUAAGUUGCCCUUUUAUUAUCAAUACGUGUGCUGUUAUUGACGAUAGUAGACCCACAAUUUACGAAACACAAUUCCUUGAAGAUAUUGCUUUACAAAAUUAUAAAAAGUACAAUAUAUCGUAUACUAGAAACGUGUUUAGGGGUGUUAUGGUGCCGAUUAAUUCAACGGAAACGGUGGGAUUUGCUUUAGCUCGAUUUUAUAUGGUUUACAAUCAGAAUAAUUAUAACGUGCAAAAAUUGAUUUCGCUUCCAACGUGGGAUAAAAAAUCGAAUGACUUGACAAUUUCUUUCUCGUUGGGAUAUUUACAUAAUAGUCAUUUUGGGUUAUUGGGACUUGAUGUAUAUUUUGCAAGCUGGGCCAAAGACCUUAUUUAUUUCAGCAAUUCCCACAAAAACUACUAUGCUUUUUUGAUUGAUAUGACAGGACGAGUCAUCUUACACCCGAAGUUUGCAUCAGUUAUGUCAGUAAAACGACAAUUACAGUAUGUCGAUAUAUCAUAUUUUGAAAACGUUGCAUAUCCACAUAUUGUUAAAAAGAGGCUUUUAAAUGAACGGGAAGGGUUUCAAUUGACUACUCAAUUUGGAUCACCUGUCAAAUGGACUUGGAAGCGGGUCGGCGAUUGGUUUAUCGUAUGUAUAGUAACCCACGAAUCACCAACACCCCUGAGACCUUACGACAUUACCUGGCCUUUCAAUAUGUCCGACGACGGCAGUAUUAGACUUGUAUACCGACAAUUAUUACCAUCUGAGUCAAAUAUCUGCCGUCAUUUUAACAAAGUAGCAACUCUGGACGCUGGUUCUCUCUAUUUGACUUCAUCGUGUUUUCAAUCCGAACAAAAGACAGGCGACGAGGACCUCCAUAUAAUAAAAUUCAACCUCCAGAACAAUACUCAUCAAUUAGAAGACUUAGACUUGAAGUCCGAAAUCAGGGAUGAAGUGGCAGCUCUUGCUUACAUUUUAAGUUUUUUACGCAACCAACACUUGUCGAGCUUCAAAUCGAAAUAUAUAGUCCGGCGGUAUGUAGCAUCCUAUAGUGGGGUACUUGAAAUGUUUCCGGGGAGUAUCCUCGAUCAAAGUUUUGAUCCCACUAAACGAGCCUGGUUUGUGCAAGCUGUCGAACACAAGUCGAAGAUUAUUAUGAUUCCGCCGUAUUUGGACGAAGGAGGCGCUGGUUACAUUGUUACAAUUGCUUACGCCACUUCAGAUGUGGUUGUGGCACUUGAUGUCACUUACGGGUUUGUAUUUCGGACACUUUUGAAACGUAUGCCCUUUUGUUUGGCCACAAAUGUCACGUGUUUUCUUAUGGAUGAUCGAGGCUAUUUGAUUUAUCACCCGAAUUUGAUAAAUCCGAAUGAACAUGGACCGGUGGAGAAACAACAUAUUGUCCAUAAAGAGUCAUUGGUUGCUAAUGAUAUUUUGAGUCAUAAAUAUUUCAUUAAAAAGGUGCUGUGUAAUAGUUAUGGGAGUGGUACCGUUCAAAGGUUCUACAAGUUAAAUACUAGUUAUAGCGAUGUUUUGGUUAGUUCAGUCCAAGGGGAGCAUUGUGUUAGUUACCAUAUAGCUGCGAUACGAAACAGCAAUGUUUUUAUUGGGAUGGUUAACGCGACUUGUAACGUCGUGGUUACAUUUUGUCCGUGUAGUAUAGUAGACCGAUUAUGUCUAAAUUGUAACCGUAUGGAACAAAAAGAGUGCGAAUGUCCAUGCGAAUGUCCAUUAGAACAACUCAAAUGUACGGAUUAUGACCAUAGUAACAAUCCGGUUUGUAACUGGUUUCCGGAACAUGUGACUCACAAAACACGUUUUAUUGAGGAUGCAACAAAUGGCAUGAAAUCGUGCUUUCCUGCCACUUGUAAACGCGAGAAAAGCCAUUUGAAGUGUCUUGGGGUGAGUGGUUGCGAAUGGUGCAAGUAUGAUAUUGGUGGUAGUCCAUUGGCGAGUCCAUUUUGCGCCUCAAUGGCCACUUGUUUCAAUGGAAUAAUCGGGUCUGUGACACCCUACAAGAACUCCCUCCACGAAAUUGAUCUUCCAGAAGAGUCUUUCAGUGUGCCUAUAAGUGUCAUAACUUUGUUUAUAUUCGGAGUACUUCUACUCCUUUGUAUGUUCUACGUGUAUCAUCGCUCUCUUGCGCCUCAAACCACCGAAAGAUUGUACCUUUCUUCCACUCAAGAGAAUCAUUUACGGAUGAGUGAUCUUAAUCUGAGUGAUAAUUACCACGCUAUGGGUAACCAUAGAGAUAAAUUGCUUCACGAGGAUAAGCCAGAUCCGAUUUCGCCAUAUUGUGUUUCAAGUAAUUACAAGAGAACGACUACUUUAGCGGCGGAUUCAGAUCAUGGUUACUCGACGAUGACCCAACAUGACGAGUCGGAACAUAUGUCUUUGGCUCCGGUGGAGUUUGAUUCGUUGGAUGACGAUUUGGGAUCGGAUAGUAUUUCUACUUAUAUCAGUGUGCCAAAUAAGCCGCAAGGACAUGUUGAACAACCGCAACAGUUCACAUGUAUCCCCAGAAACAAAUGUAUUGUGGUUCCAGUUACGGUCCAUAGAAACAUGGAAACGACGUAACAGUAGAUUCUAGGUGUUACUUGUGUAUAUUUCUGCACCAGUAUACAGGGUGCGGCAUCGCCCUGCCCCGAAAGAAAAUCCCCACUUCUAAUUAAAUAAAAUUGUUGAAUUUUUUCACACUUAACCUGGGCAUUAGUAAGGUACAUUCUCUAAUUUUU